GAAAAGGCAACAAAAUGGACAAAAUCAAAUGGUGAAAUUGAUGGUCUUACAACAAAUGGUAUCCUUAUACUGCAGCCAAGUCACCUACAAAAAGAGGAUAGUGGUUGUAGCGCGGACAAGAAAUUGUUUGUUUGGCGUGAAGUUUCUGUUGAUGGUGAUAUUUACAAGUUAAGAGAAAUGCGAUCUUCAACCAAACGUGGAGAAUUAAUUGCCGACGAAACCAAUGAAUUACAGGAUGGAACACUAAUUGAUCUUUGUGGCGCAACACUUUUAUGGCGAACAGCUGAA